CUAACUGUCAUCGACGUCAACAUUAGUCGUUUCGUUUCGUUUAGGUUCCGUUGUAAAGGGUUCGUUAAAUUCGCCGGAGAAUUUAUAAUUUCUUUUAAAAUGGAAUCACUAUUUGCCUUGCCUUUUACUGUACUCGAAAUACCCAAUAUAAAAAUCAAGAAGCCAACAUGGUUGCAGCCACCAUCGGCAAUGACCACUUUUUCAUUGGUUUUGUUAUCAUAUUUUUUGGUCACCGGAGGUAUUAUCUAUGAUGUGAUAGUGGAACCGCCCAGUGUGGGAUCAACGACAGAUGAGCAUGGACACAGCAGACCCGUUGCGUUCAUGCCUAACAGAGUUAAUGGCCAGUACAUUAUGGAAGGCUUGGCGUCGAGUUUUCUUUUUUCACUUGGAGGACUCGGCUUCAUUAUUCUGGACCGCACACACAACCCAACGACGCCAAAAUUAAACCGAAUCUUGCUCAUAUCUGUAGCUUUCUUGUGUAUACUUGUGUCCUUCUUCACCACCUGGAUUUUCAUGAGGAUGAAACUACCAGGUUACUUGCAGAACUAAAUCUGCUUUUAUUUAGAAUUAUAAGUUAUACUUCUGAUUUUAAUAAAUAUUUUUAUAUUUGAA